AUGGCUGAAGAGAUGAUUGCUCCUUGGUAUACUCAAAUUUUAUCCUCUUUUGACAAGGAUGUUCAGUUUUCCAUUCGUCUGCAGUAUGAGAUUCCUAUAGAAUAUGACAUCAUAAUUCCUAACCCAGAUGAACAUCCUUCCGCCCUCCAACUAACUCCUUCGUCAAUUGAAGUUCCAGCUCCUCCAACUGAAGCUUCCAGCUCUCAAGUGCUUCCCGAAGUUUGUGAGGGUCCGUUUGCAGAAACUACUACUGUCUCUUUGCCAAUUGCUUCUUCAUCAGUGGUUGCUGCUGCUACAGCAGCCACUUCCCUUCCCGUUAUCGAGCUUACAUCCCCUGUAAGCUCAGAAAGAUCCCUUACUAAAAUUGCCCCUGGUAAAUGUACGGGACGCAAACUCACUAGAGCUCCCCCCUCAAAAAGGAGACUCACUCUUUCUACUGAGGAAUCACCCUCAGAUGAUUUUGCUUCUGCUGCUCCUUCUCCUAAUGAGCCUACUUUGACUGAUUUAUAUCCUUCCCUUCUUUUUUCUUCCUCUCCUUCUUCCAGCAGUACUGCCCCUGGUCGUGCCUCUUUUACUUUCCCUUUAUCUAUUCCAGAAUCUGGGUUUUUGCCUUAUUCCUUUUCUUCUUACUUGAUUUUUGCUCCCCCUUCUAUCCCAACCUCUUCCUUUUCCACUAGUUCUUCUACCAUUCCUGUCCUCCCGAUAUUACUGGGAGGUUCUUUUGCUACUGCUCGAGAGGAAAUUCACACUCUCUUUGGAGAGCUUCCCCCUUCCAAGACAAUCGACCAAUUCUCGCAUGAGGAAACCAAGCGGUGGAUGGCCAAUAUGGGUUUAGCUCGUCUAGCGCAUAACUUAUAUUCUGAGAAUGAGAAGCUGAAGCAACAAGUUGCUGAGCUAUCUUCUACCACGCUUUCAAAUGAAUCCAAAAAACAGUAUGAAGCUCAAGUUGAGAGCCUUCAGACUCAAUUUAAAUCGGCUACAGAUCUUAACACCGAGUUAUCUUCCAAAUUAGAGAAGCAGAUUGCUGAGACUAACAAGUUGAAGUCUGACUAUGAGUCUGCAUUAGCUGAUAAACUAAAGACUCUACGUCUGAAAGAUGAUGAAAUAACUUCCUUAAACACUUCCUUGAAUACGGCUAAGACAGAGGCCUCCACCAAAGAUGCUGAGUUGAAGUCUUCCCAAUCGGCUCUGGUGGUUUACAAAAAUGGUGAAGACGAUCACUUCAAGGAGCGGGCUACUACCUUGAUCAAUUCUACUGACUUCAACAGGCCGAUCGUAAAAUCUAUUUUGGCCACCUAUACAGUUGGAGCUGAAGGAGCAGUAAAGCAAUUGCGAGAUGAAAACUUCUUGUCUCGUGAUCCUCCUCCUAACUUCUUGAACUGA